CAGAACUGUCGAUUCAAGGGUGAUGCGAGCCGCCAACAGCCUAUGGAAUUUUGUGCUGCAGGGUCCGUCGCAGCACGCGGGACCCCGCCGGCGUCGGCCCCUCCGCCUGUGCCUUGCCUUUGGUGGCAAUGCGGGGUCCAACUCCCCAAAUUUUGGUGACUCAAUCCCUGCCCCUCGCCUCUUCCGCUACCACAGUACACUACCGUGGGAGUUAUUAAGACGACUUUCGCGGCAGCCACAUCGACAAAGGGUUCCCUCAAGCUCCUCGACUCCCGUCGUUACUGCCUCCUCCGCCGCGAUACGACGAGCUGCUGCCAGGACGGACCCAAUUGACUGCCAUUGCCCAAAAUGGAGGCCAUUACGCAGACCUUCCAGCGGUGCAAGGCCGAGAACCGGACUGCGCUCGUUACCUACGUCACGGCCGGCUUUCCCACGCCCGAGCUCACCCCGGAUGUCCUCCUCUCUAUGGAGAAGGGCGGCGCCGAUGUCAUCGAGCUCGGCGUCCCCUUCACCGAUCCCAUUGCCGACGGCCCGACGAUUCAGACUUCCAAUACCAUCGCUCUCCGGAAUGGCGUCACAAUCGAAUCAACACUGCAGAUGGUCCGGGACGCCCGCAAGCGCGGCCUGCGUGCCCCCAUCCUGCUUAUGGGCUACUACAACCCCCUCCUAAGCUACGGCGAGGAGCGUCUCUUGACGGACUGCAAGGAGGCCGGAGUCAACGGCUUCAUCGUCGUCGAUCUGCCGCCUGAGGAGGCCAUCUCCUUCCGCCGCCUGUGCACCCGUGGAGGCCUCUCUUAUGUGCCCCUCAUUGCCCCCGCGACGUCGGACGCUCGCAUGCGCAUCCUGUGCCAGCUGGCUGAUACGUUCAUCUACGUCGUCUCGCGACAGGGCGUGACGGGCGCCCUUGGGACGCUCAAUGCCCACCUCCCCGAGCUGCUGGCCCGGGUUAAGAAAUACAGUGGGGACAAGCCCGCGGCUGUCGGAUUCGGCGUCAGCACCCGCGAACAUUUCGUGUCCGUCUCCCAGAUUGCCGACGGUGUUGUGGUGGGCAGCCAGAUCGUCACGACCCUGCAGGAGGCGGCCAAGGGUGAGGAGGCCAAGGCGGUCCAGGAUUUCUGCUCCUAUCUUUGCGGGCGCACCUCCUCCGCCCAGGAGGAGGCCACGCGCGAGGUUGGCACCAUCGAGGCCAUUUCCGACACCAAGGAGACCAAUGGUGAUGUCCACGUGGAUGGCGUUGUCUCCGAAUCCGAGGAUCUUGUUGCGCAACUGGCCGCCAUGCAUGGAAAGAUCCCCGAGCGCUUCGGCGAGUUCGGUGGACAGUACGUGCCAGAGUCGCUCAUGGACUGCCUGUCGGAGCUCGAGGAGGGAUUCAAUAAGAUCAAGGACGACCCCGCCUUCUGGGAGGAGUACCGCUCGUACUACCCCUGGAUGGGCCGCCCUGGCCACCUGCACAAGGCCGAGCGGCUGACAGAGUACGUCGGCGGCGCCAACAUCUGGCUGAAGCGCGAGGAUCUCAACCACACUGGAUCGCACAAGAUCAACAACGCGCUCGGCCAGCUCCUGCUUGCGCGUCGCCUCGGGAAGACCAAGAUCAUUGCCGAGACGGGCGCCGGCCAGCACGGCGUUGCCACGGCUACUGUGUGCGCCAAGUUCGGCAUGGAAUGCACCGUCUACAUGGGCGCCGAGGACGUGCGCCGCCAGGCGCUGAACGUCUUCCGCAUGAAGCUCCUCGGCGCCAAGGUUGUCCCCGUCGAGGCCGGCAGCCGCACGCUCCGCGAUGCCGUCAACGAGGCCCUCCGCGCCUGGGUUGUGCACCUCGAGGACACGCACUACAUCAUUGGGUCCGCCAUCGGCCCUCAUCCGUUUCCCACCAUCGUGCGCACGUUCCAGUCGGUCAUCGGGAACGAGACCAAGGCGCAGAUGCUCGAGAAGCGCGGCAAGCUUCCCGACGCCGUAGUGGCGUGCGUCGGCGGAGGGAGCAACGCCGCCGGCAUGUUCUAUCCGUUCAGCAACGAGCCGAGCGUCAAGCUUCUCGGGGUCGAGGCCGGCGGCGACGGUCUCGACACGGCUCGCCACAGUGCGACGCUCGCCGCCGGCAGCAAGGGCGUGCUGCACGGCGUGCGCACCUACAUCCUGCAGAACGAGCACGGCCAGAUCAGGGACACGCACUCGGUCUCGGCCGGCCUGGACUAUCCCGGCGUGGGGCCGGAGCUGUCCAACUGGAAGGACAUGGAGCGGGCCAAGUUCAUCGCUGCCACGGAUGCCGAGGCGUUCAUCGGCUUCCGGCUGAUGAGCCAGCUCGAGGGCAUCAUCCCCGCGCUCGAGUCGUCCCAUGGUAUCUACGGCGCUAUCCAGCUCGCCAAGACCAUGGACAAGGACCAGGACGUGGUCAUCUGCUUGAGCGGCCGCGGCGACAAGGACGUGCAGAGCGUUGCCGACGAGCUGCCCAAGAUCGGCCCCAAGAUCGGCUGGGACCUGCGGUUUUGAGAGGCCUUCCGUUGCCCCUGACAUCUAGCCGUGUUGGAUAGAUAGUCGGCCUUCCAGGGGUGGCUUGCCGAGAGAGUAUAACACGGCGAAGCAGCAUAGACUCAUAUAGAGAGACUAAAAAAAAGAACCUCGGGAUCGGCGAUUUACAGGUGCAUCUUCGUUCAUUUCCAUCGUGUGGGACCCUGGGCGGAGG